CUGGCAGAUGUUUCCCGCGCGGCCGCGUCAUUCCUCUAGCGUAAACCUACGCGACGCGCAAAUAGUCCCGCGCGCCGUGGCGUCGUAGAUUUUCCGCGACCGGGCUAACCGUCGGUCACCUACGUUACGUGUGCGAAACUGUGGAUUUACGCGCGUCUAAACGAGCGAACCGAGACAGUACCGAACCAGCGUCCGGGGUAUAGCCGGAUUUUACGAGUCGGAUCGUGAGGAUGAGCUGACGGGGGAUUGGUCUGAAGCGAGUCGCCGCUCAGGGCAGAGCAAAGUGCGCGGUUUCCCCCUCGGUGUCGAGCGCGAACCGCCUCUCCGAUUGUGCGGCGAGCCGCGACUUUAGAGUGUGUCGUCUACCUCUCGAGGUGAGAUUCUCCGCGAACGUUUACCGCGCGCGCGCGCGCCGAUAUCCAUCGGCCGGUUGAUUACGUCGUAACGUACCCGACUUGUCGCGUGCGCGGACGAGAAUCAAUUCGCGCGCGAUGAUCCUACCGGCAUACGUGAAUUCCGAGUGAUUCGCGAAACGUCACUGCACAUCCUCGCGUCUUAAUCGGACCGGUAUCGAAAAUCCUCGUGCGGGGACACGACAAGUGGAACUAGUGGAAGGGACUGAAAUACACGGAACAUCGAUUGGGACGAAUGUCAACUCGACGCGAGUGCAACUUGACGUAAGUGCUCCCGGCUACGAGUCGUGUAAUAUUCGACGGAGAAAAAAAAAAAGAUACGUGCGAGUCAUCGACCAGUGGUGCGUUUCAGAAGCUUUUUUUAAGACCGUAACAUUCUAAUGUGCUGUACAUCAUCCGAAUGGACAGAUUGAAGCCGUCCGGCGAGAUACCGCAAGAGAAGAAAGUGCAUUUCGCGAGUGAAGGAAAAACGUGACGUGUGACGCCCUUCGGUGGGAGAAAGAAGUGGCCGCCGCCGCUGUCGUUCCAGCUCCAGCCGCAUAGCUACGCUCCUGACGCCGGGCGGCGGAGUGAUCCACGGGGCGCCGUGGGGGCCCUCAGCUGUUUCCCGCCAAAGAUCGCCAUUACAAACGCGUUCGGGCGUUGUGUGUGCGCGCCGCGCGGAGCGUGUGGCUGUCUCGUGGACGAAUCUUCCGUGCGUGUCGCCGGCGUCUGCUUGGAGGUGAAGGAAAACGAGGUCGUCGCGAGACACGGCGUGAGCCGGAAGUGGCGAAUAAUCGGCGUUAUAUACGUGGAUCGGUGCAUCCCGCGAGGCGUAGACGCGGCUUGUUAAAACGCGCGUUGUUUGUCCCCCUCCUCCGCCCCCGGAGAGGAGUGCGCGGUGUCGCGGGCGACGAGAGUGAAGGAGGCGAGCGAAUCGACAGCGGGGCGAGAAAGAAAGCGAGGAAAGAAGUGCGCGAGGAAAACCAAGUGUCGAGCGAUAACUAGAAGAUUCGUGGAGGAAAAAGCGAGCGAGAGCGAGAGAAAGAGAGAGAUCCGUUGUCUUUUCGCCAGCCGCGACGACGGCCGUCGGAAACGUGAAAUUCGCUCGGCGGGGACUCUCGGUGCCGCGGACUGACAAGAUAUGUCAGUGUUUGGUAGUGAAAUCGAUCGGAUUUUGCUCGAGGAAAUCGUCGAGUCGACUGAUCAGCCGGAAACUGACCUGUGCGGGAGCGUCGAGACGGUGGACGACGGCUCGGUGACCACGAGUGUGACGGUCGCCGAAGUCGCUGAUACUCAAGAACGGCAACCGCAGCAGCGGCAACAACCGCCGCAAUCAAAAGGUAACGUCGGGGUUGGUCGGCGGGUUGCUAGUCAGAACGUUGCGUUGAGCAACGGAAACGGUAUCAGCAACGUUGGCCGUGUUGCGUCGCGCAGCCACAUGGAGCAGGAGAAGCGAAUGCGGCGAGAAAUCGCCAACAGCAACGAGCGACGUCGUAUGCAGAGUAUCAACGCCGGAUUUCAAUCGCUGAGGACGUUGCUGCCGCAUCACGAGGGCGAAAAGCUGUCUAAGGCUGCGAUACUCCAACAGACUGCCGAAUACAUAUACCAAUUAGAGCAAGAGAAAACACAACUGCUGUCACAAAAUUGCCAACUAAAGCGAUUGGUAAAUCAACACGAAGGUGGCGAUGUACCUAUCAAGAAACGCAAACCCGAUACCCAAGGUGUUGUCGUUAGUCUACCAAUGCACGUUAGCGAGAGCGGUGACGAGGGUUUAGGUAGCAUGUCCCCCGAGCCGUUGUCAGUAAUCACAGUGACCACAGAGGGACAUUCCGUUGUGAACAGCGAUGUGGCGGAGCUUAAGCGACAGCUAGAUAGGGAGCGUCAGGCGAGACUGCAUUUAGAGAAACAAAUGAGAGCAAUUCAGAGCCAGGUGUAUCCAGAGAGAUUCCGAGACAAUCAGCUAAUCGCUUAUCAGCCCCACGAGGUGAUCGAGCACACAGACAACGUGAUGGCGCAGGAAACAGAAGAGGCGGUAGCCACGCUUCAGGUGGUAUCGGUCAUGUCUUUGCCGCCGGUAGGCUCCACUCAAACUGUAGAGACGUCCAGUCCGGAUCCAAGCUCGCCGCCCUUGUCGCCGCAGCCGGCUGAAAUGGUGCCGGAAGAAAUCAAAGAGGAAGAGUCACGCGCGAGUACCCCCAAGAUUGUCGCCUUUGCCCAGAAUCAGGUGUUCACGGCGAUGGAGGAGCCAACUACCGCGGAUUCGUUCUCGUCGUCGAGUCGCGUCACGUACGCUACUUCAUCCUCCGCAGAUUUCAAGACUGGCUCGCCUCAGUACAUCACCGCGAGUCCCAGCAGGCCCUUCUCACCGGUUACUGAACCACGGCUACCCAGCGUUUUAGAGGCCGCGAUGAAGGCUGAACCUAAAGUCGAGGUGGAGAGGUUGCCUUCGCCAUCAAGCUCCCUAGACGAUGGUACGUCGCAGGCAAGGUUAUACAUCGCGAACACGUCUCGACAGAAUCUGGAAACAAUCGUCGAGGCGAUACGUCAUCUGGAGGGUGACCAUUUAUUCAGCGAUGAACCCGCGCAGGAUGUGCCAUUGGCACUGACCAACAAGCAACAGCAGCAACAACAGCAACAGGCGACGGCGAACAACUCAACGUCAACGAAAUCUGCGACCACCACGUCCGCCUCUUCCCCUUCACCGUCGACGACGUCUGCCACGGCGGCAUCCGCGAAACAACGGAUACUGCACGCCGAUCGUUUUCUCCAAUUUCAUACGCAACAGCAGACCCAGCAGCGACCCGGCGUGAUCGUGGUGAAGCAUUCGUGAUCCAAUAACACCCCGCACUCCGUACACUGAACUACACAUUCAGAACGACGAUAUCCUCACCUCCACCGCGCGAAAUCAUCGUGGUUUAUCAUUCGAAAAUGAGGUAUCCCUUUCACCCGAUUCAAGAAAACGUUCGCAGAAACAGGAGAAGUGGUAGCGAUUAUUACGAUCAAGAAUCACGUGUACUCUUCGCGCUAAAGAACUGGGAGAUAUAUUGCGAGAUGUACGAAGAGAUGAAUUUUAUGUAUGUUCCUAUUAAGCGCUUCGUUCGUCUUCGCCUCGACAAGGCCGCUAAGAAGGAUUAAUAAUGCAUGCGAUUGAAAGAUUUUUAGAUAGAAAGGACAAAGUGAUUUGAAAUCGCGGAUAUAGUUUAUAGGUGAAGGUUCGAAUUAAAUUUGAAGCUUGACGAAAGGAUCCUCAUUGUCGAGUUGUCAAAACGAAACGACAUUAUCGCGCUUUAUCUCAUGUAAAUACUAACGAUUCCUCCUGAUCAUUUCCGACGAUCGCCACGAGAUAGCUUUGAAUCUCGAUGAGUCCUUCUCCCCUCUCCCCCCCUCCCCCCCUC